AUGAUUAGGUGGGGAAAGGAGGAAAGAAAGGGACGAGGACGAGGUGGGGAAAGGAGGCCAGAAAGGGACGAGGACGAGGUGGGGAAAGGAGGCCAGAAAGGGACGAGGACGAGGUGGGGAAAGGAGGCCAGAAAGGGACGAGGACGAGGUGUGGAAAGGAGGCCAGAAAGGGACGAGGACGAGGUGUGGAAAGGAGGCCAGAAAGGGACGAGGACGAGGUGUGGAAAGGAGGCCAGAAAGGGACGAGGACGAGGUGUGGAAAGGAGGCCAGAAAGGGACGAGGACGAGGUGGGGAAAGGAGGCCAGAAAGGGACGAGGACGAGGUGGGAAAAGGAGGCCAGAAAGGGACGAGGACGAGGUGGGAAAAGGAGGCCAGAAAGGGACGAGGACGAGGUGGGGAAAGGAGGCCAGAAAGGGACGAGGACGAGGUGGGGAAAGGAGGCCAGAAAGGGACGAGGACGAGGUGGGGAAAGGAGGCCAGAAAGGGACGAGGACGAGGUGGGGAAAGGAGGCCAGAAAGGGACGAGGACGAGGUGGGGAAAGGAGGACAGAAACGGAUGUGGAAGACGUGGGGAAAGGAGGACAGAAACGGAUGUGGAAAACGUGGGGAAAGGAGGACAGAAACGGAUGUGGAAGACGUGGGGAAAGGAGGACAGAAACGGAUGUGGAAGACGUGGGGAAAGGAGGACGACAGAAACGGAUGUGGACGACGUGGGCAAAGGAGGACGACAGAAACGGAUGAGGACGACGUGGGCAAAGGAGGACAGAAAGGGACGAUGGUUAGGUGGGGAAAGGAGGACAGGAAGGGACGAUGGUUAG